AUGUCCGCUCUCGGAAAUGGGAAACGGGAAACUGAGCACAAGGGCGCACCCGGUCGCAACGCCAAGUUGGACGCCUCACCCGUCAUGGACCCGAUUCCGCCAGUGUUUCGGUUCUUUGCUGCAGGAUCAGAUCAGAUUGUCAGAGCUGACGUGGUACGGUCAAAUAAUGGCGAAGAAUGGCAGCGCCAUGGCUGGCUCCUGUGGCUAUGCAGUUGGAUGUCCAGAGCCCACACCGUACGGACUGUGUAUUAG